CCCUGUGCCAUGGUGGUGGCAGGUGGUCCUCCUCCUCUGCAGGCAGGGGAAGUGGCAUGAGGCCCCUUCUUUCCCCUCAGGGGCGGCAUCAACAUUCCCCCAUUCAGAGAGGAAGAGGUUGCAGCAGCCCCCCCUCCAUGUACACACCUCAGCUACUGGGGUGUAUCUGCUUGGAUGGGUGACUGGAUUCACUGCACUCUUCUCCUCCUGCCUCACACACAGUCCUCUGCUGGGGUGGUGUUAACUGGGUCUCACCGAGUGGCAUGUCUUGGAGUUAACAUUCCAUUGAGAUGCAUGGGGAAGUUCAACCUUUCAGGCCAUCUGCAGACUCAGGCAGAUAUCACUGAAUUGGUUACAUGUGGGCCACACUUUUCAAACUUUUCUUUAUAACUCUGAGGACUAGAAACUUACUAAUGAAAGCUGUGGUUUUGAUGUAGUAAUCAUGUGGCUCCAGGAUCCAGAUUCCUAGGCCUAUAGUGCCUAUGGCUUAGUCUGGCCCUAGAGAAAUAGCUUUAAAAUUGAACAAAAACUUACACCGAAUAAAAAACAUUUCUAUUAAUACUAGAUUUGUAUGUACUUUUAAACAAUCCCCCUCCCAUUUUGUGUCUAAGGUGCUGGGCAAUGUUAAUCCAAUGUUGCAUUAUAUUUUCACAGCAGUGAACGUUUAUUGCCUUCUUGCCUUACUGACUCUUCACAAGAGUUUUCAUUUGUCCAGCACUUUGUUUCAAGUGCUGACGUAUCAUUUUUAUGCCUGGAAGUGACCUCAUAAAGUGAUGAUGUCAAAUAGAAAAUUCCAUUCUUUUCUAUAUAGAGUAUUUCUGUUCUCUGUGCUUGGCCUUGUGCACUCUGAGUUACUUAAGGGAAUACAUAAUGACCACCUAGAUCUCUUAAACUAAAUAAUCUGAAAGUGUGAGUAUGGAGCCUACAGAAUCUUUUCAUCAGAGACGACUUGUGUCGAACUUGGUUGUUGAAAAUUUUAAAUCCUCGUCUGAUUCUGACGUGAAACACACUCUGUUCUGGCAAUUCAGGAGACGGGACACUGAAUUUUGUGCAUAUAUACGCAGAUUACUGCAGAAUCCCCUGCUCAACUCAGUCAUGAUAAGCAUCAUCUCACUCAAUGCAGUGUUCUUGGGCUUGGAGACUGAUUAUGCUAUUAAGCUUAAUUCUUAUGCAUAUCUGGAGCUGGCCGAUCUGAUUAUUAUAUCCAUCUACACCACAGAGAUUUUGCUGAAGUUUUAUGUGGAUCCCUUGAAUUACUGGAGGAGUGGCUAUAACCUGUUUGAUGUUCUCCUACUUCUCAUUGCUUACCUCCCAUAUACCAUUGACAAAAAUGACAUCAAACACUACAGGACAUGGAACAUAAUUAAUGGUUUCCAGGCACUCAAGAUUCUGAAGCUUAUCUCCUACAACAGAGGCAUGAGGAGUUUGAUAACGGCUCUAGGCCAGACUGUGAAGACUGUGAUCUACGUCCUUGUCUUGCUGUUCCUGCUAAUGUUUAUCUUUGCCAUUUUGGGUUACGGAUUGUACGGAGACCCUGAAACGGGAGACAGUAAAAACUGGGGCAACCUCGCAUCUGCUCUUUUCACUCUCUUCUGUUUAGUAACGGUCGAUGGCUGGACGGACUUUCAGGAUGAGUUAGACCAAUAUGGUUUUAGUGCUAGCCGAGCCUUCACAAUAGUGUUCAUCUUGCUGGGGUUCUUUCUGUUUUUCAAUAUGUCCAUUGGAGUUGUGAUUAUGAAUAUCCAGGACUCCACUCAGAAUUAUGAACGAGAGCUUAAAGCAGAAAAACAAGCUGCUCUUCAGGCAAAAAAACAGGCCAUAUUACAAAGACAACAGGAAGAAGUAAACAUGCUAAUACACCAGCAGAUAUGGCUGCGAGUGAAGCCAGAAAUGCCGAAGCACAGCGAGAGGUCUUAAUAUACUGGGCCAAAUCUUGGCCUUGCUCUGGCCGCUUUGGGCUGCUCUGAUGAUGGAAAGCAGCCAGGAGGCCAGUGCAUCUGGAGCCUUGAGAUUCCUUUGGGGAAAUCCUUGAUGGUGUAACGACAGCACAGCAGCUUCCUAAACUGUUCCGCUCCUGAUCCUGAGUGUAGGGCAGGAGUCUGGGAGAAAGGACACCUGGAUGGGGGCACCUUCACCCAGUUGAUCCCUGGCUGCUAAAAUGGCCCUUAGGGGGAACCAGCAGAUGCUGCAGAGUAAAGCCAUCUUUGCCUCCUACAUCUCCCCGAGCUGUGCUGUGUGCGGCACUCAGACAUAGCUCAGGUUCAGAGGCCUGGGCUUCCUCUGGUCAGUAACAGCUGUCAGUCAAGUUUCCGAAUAGUUCUGCUUUUUUUGAGGGGGGCGAAGGGGGAGUAAAAGUAUGAGGAAAAUAUUCUAAAGAGGUUCGACGGGGGGAGGGAGGAGAGUGGCUACAGAGAGUAGCUGGAUUGUGCCUGGUUUUUCCUCUUUGUGCUGUUUGGAAUUUAUUUUUACAGUGCAGCUGUUCAGAAAUUCCAGCUGUGAACAUAUGAUCAGGCCUUCUACGGGUGAAAAGAAAGGGGUGUUUUGUCACAGAAGGACUCACAGUUGUGCUUUUGGUUCUUUCCAAAGCUCUGCACACGUUAUUAGGCAACUCCACAAUACGCAGCUAUUUAUGGGGCUUUUUAAAGUAGUCUUCAGUACAUGCCCUCCUUAACCACUUCUUGAGCAUAUAACAAGCCGGAAUACACACACUGUGAUGAUGUGUGUGUCUUAAUAUGUCUGAUCCUGUUUCCCGAGCCAUGUGAAUGAGGAUUGUAGGACGGAGACUAGGUAUAUAAUAAAUUAUAUUCUUUAAAAAUAAUCCAUGUGUUUAUAUAUUGGAGGAGGGUAAAGUCACACUCUCUCUACUCUCUCAUUUUAUUGUUAUGCUGGAAAGUGUUAAUGGCUGCCAUCAAGCACAUCUAUAGCUCAAUCACAGACAGGAUUAAAGUUGAUGGGUGUACUAACUACCCUUCACGGAAGCUAAAUGGAAGGAGCAAUUAAAUGAAUAGUGAGAGCUGAAACAAGAGAAGCCAAUGCCCAGGGUACUGGCCAGCAUGGCAGGGCCUGAGCAGAAGCUAAACCAUGUGGGCUGAAGGGUUUUCCUGGGUAUUUAUUGGUUGCAGCUGUAUUUGUGUGUGGCAGAAAGUGAGGCGAAAGCCUCCAGAGAGCAAGAGAAGUAGUGGUGGGAGGAAGCCAAGAGACAGAGCUUUUUUUAGGAACAGGAUUGGCUAGAAAGGCAAUGGAUUUCUUGGAUUUCUCAACAAGGGAACUGCCUGUUUGUUUCUAUUGAGUUCAGAGAAAGAGGAUUUUGUGUACAUUCUCUGUAAAUAAACAGGAUUGCACUAAAGAAAUACCUGACUCAUACAAUCAACUUAUUCUCUUAACAGUAACAACCUGGCAAGGCCUCAAAUAUUGAUUUGCUGCUCUGGUCGAAAGGGGCUUUGUUAUCAGCCUCUUUUAAAACUACUUGUAACCCAUAAUCCAUGGAGUGUCAACUACUGGCAUCUGUCCAUGGUCUGAUCUCAUAUUCCUGCAAUGCAGACAAAACGCUGGUGACUUCGCUGGAAGUUGACAGUUUUGCUCUUCUUCUGGAACCAUGUCCUGAACAGCCAAAGGGAAAGAAUGUCUGUCUACAUUUUAAACAAAAUUAUUUCUCUCGGACGCUGGACCCCAAAUGAAACCCUGAUGCAAGUGUUCAAAACUGGGAUCCAAACGUGGGCCUGUCUCUCGCCCUAACACA